AUUAUGUUGAGGUAAGAUUGAAGCCUUUUUUUAUUGAAGUGCCCUUACUGUUUUCUAUAAAGAAAUUUAUUUAUUCAUUGAGUUUGUUAAUAUAUCUUUAAUUUAUUUACUGUCCUGCUGUAAUAUUGAUGUUGGCUGUGUCCUAGAGAACCUUUGAAAUCUACAUUUGUAGCUAUAGUUUGGCAAGAGCAGUUUGAUUAGCAGCCUAGAACCACUGAUCGCUCAUGGUGUGUGAGAUGAAUUGAAUUUGUUGCUUACUCUGGAGGCUCACCGUGGUGUUCGGGCUGCUUGCCAUGCCGGCCGGAACGCCCAUACACGUGUUCAAGAACCUCCGGUGUGCGGCGACUGCCAUGCCGCAAUCAAGAUGGUCGCCAAGGUGUACAACAGAGAGACGACACGGCCAUGCCAUGAAGGUUGCAGAGCACAAUUGAUGCACUUGUUGCCGGAGUUGGCGUCCUUAUUUUCUCAAGCAAGCGUAGGUCCAGUGGCAUGGGAGCAACAUUGUUGAAGGGCCAAGGCUGCAUAGUUUGUACGCACAUCAAAGAGAAACUUGGAAUGUUUUUGUGCUCGGAUCUCGUUCGGAAGUACUACAUCAUGCAAUUCCCAAGUAAGUGGCGUCACCCGACGAGCUCCAAGCGCAGAGGAGGCAUCUCUGCGGGUUCCCCGAGGAACAACAAGAUACAUUUGAAUUCGUUGCCGAUGAGUUAUCAAUUCUUCGAAAUAGACUACGAUCCAUGGUGGUUGUUGAGGUACCUUGAUCAACUUGGAAUGGCAUCGAAGUACAACACAAAAGUGUUCUGCACGCAGACUCUCAUCGGAGGCAACUACGGCGGUCGCUGCAAUGUUUUCCAGACGUGGCUCAUAUGUGUUGAUCCAUCCUUCUGUUCUCAGUGCUCUGCUAUGGCAUCGGCUCUGCUAUGGGAUCACAAGCUGAAUGUUGCUAUGAUUAUAGCUACAUUCUCUGCUGUUGGAGGUCAAAUUUGGUGUAUCACCGAGAACCAUACUGAGAGGGAACAUUUUGUUGAUGAGAUUCCCAAGUCUUCAUCCGAGAGCCUUAACGCAUUGGCUUGCACUAAUGAAGCAGAGCGUCCAAAUACUCAAAAAGGCAAAGGAACGGAAGACAUAAGGCUCAUACAGUUCAAGGAGUGGAUGGACGAAUACAACAUUCAAUAUCCAGAUGAGGAAACAGCACGGAGCAAAUUCUCUAUCUUCAAGGCAAACGUAGAAUUGCACGGCUAG